CCAAACAGGAAGUGGAGCUCUGGUGAAUUAUUUACAGUCUUUUCCUCUACCAUCGUAUUGCGACGAGGACGCAAUGGGUCGCUACUCUCACGAACCAACAAAUGCCACCAAGUCCUGCAAGGCUCGCGGGUCCAACUUGCGUGUUCACUUCAAGAACACUCAUGAGGCCGCCCGCGCCAUCAAGAGCAUGGCACUGAGGAGAGCCCAGAAGUUCUUGAAGAACGUAAUCGAACACAAGGAGUGUGUACCCUUCCGCAGGUUCAACGGUGGUGUCGGCAGAUGCGCCCAAGCCAAGCAGUUCGGAACUACUCAAGGACGGUGGCCCAAGAAAUCUGCAGAAUUCCUCCUGCAGUUGUUGAGAAACGCUGAAUCAAAUGCUGACUACAAGGGUCUUGAUGUCGAUCGUCUAGUAAUUGAUCACAUCCAAGUGAACCAUGCACCUUGCCUUCGCAGAAGAACGUACAGAGCCCACGGUCGCAUCAACCCUUACAUGAGCAGUCCCUGCCACAUCGAAGUGAUCCUGACUGAGAAAGAAGACGUAGUUGCUAAAGCCGCCGAGGAAGAACCCUCCAAGAAGAAGCUCAGCAAAAAGAAGCUCGCUCGCCAGAAGGAGAAGAUGAUGAGAGAAUAAAUGAGUAACUGUGACUUUUUAUAACGAAGUGUAUUGUGAAUUAAAAGGUUACAUUAUUCGAUAAA